AGUUUUCCAUUUUUUCACAUCAAUUUUCUUCGAUUUCAACGCUCCCCUUCCCUCAUUUCUUGUUUUUCCAGUAGGACUGACUACUGCCAACUUGGUUUAACAAAAUCCCGUUUCUCGUUUCUUUUUCUUUUUUUUUUUCUUCUGAACAGAAUAAACCCUACUCCAUCUACAAGAGUAACAAGACCACAGCCCCCUUCCCGUCCGCCAUUUUAUAGCUGUUUAAAACCGUCAACAUCCAUCCAAGCCUAAUAUCUAUGGAAAAUGCUACUUGGGUUUUUAACUUAUUUGUUGAAUAAAAUAUGUUCUCUUAGUUUAUCUGGCCCUGCAAACUUGAGCUUUGGUUUUGGCCCCAGUUUUCUUGAAUUCAAUGUGGGGCUGUAGGUGGAGUAAUGAAGCAGGCCUAAUGCAUUGUACGUGGAGCUAGUGAAAGAUUCAAUUGAUUUGGUUCGUGGGCCCCCCCGGGGAAAAUAAUGUCCUCAGAAAUGCGCGGCCGUGGUGGUGGCAACCGUGCUAAUGGUGGUGGUGGUGGUGGUGGGUUUGAUCCCAGUAACCUGCAUUUGAAGAAAGAGUUAAACCAAAUCAGGAAGGCGGCCAGGGUGCUGAGAGAUCCAGGGACUACUUCGUCGUGGCGGUCCCCUCUGAACUCAGCAAGAUCCGCUGCUGCCAAGCAUUAUUACCAUCAUCACAAGAAUGAUUUCAGCAAGCAAUUGUACAGCAAUGGUGAGACUCAAUUCCAACUUCCUAUUGGAACAGUAGAGAAUAAUGGGACUAGUAGUAGAAGUAUUAAUUAUGAGGCUAGUAAUGGUAAUAAUGUUAAGGAGAAAGAGAAAGAGAAGGAGAAAAAGGUGUACUUGUAUAACUGGAAGAUGCAAAAAUCUGAAAGUGAAAGGAGUAGGCAAUGUGCUGAUGAUGAUCUUGAAAAUGUUGGUAAUGAUGAUAUGGAACAAUCUUCUUCGGCUCAAGAAGAAGCAGAGGAGAGUGUGGAGGAUAGUUUAAGUGAUGCUAGGAAUGGUGGAAUUGAUUCCAAGAGUGACACUUAUGCUAGUGAUAAAUAUGCUUCCAUGAUUUUUAAGUGUAAAGAUACCAGCUUUACUCCAUCUAUUAGAAGAAAUAUAAAGAAAAAGUCGAAGAAAAGUAAUUAUUGUAGGUCAAAUUUGAGAAGCCGAGGUGAAAAAUUGAAAGAACAAAUUUUGUUAGCUAGGGGUUCCAAAAGGACGGCAUUGGAGGGUUUAGGGAGGGAUGAUUUGUCGAGUUUGGUUGAUCAGUCCGAUGACACUGAAAGUUAUUGUAAUUCAGAGGAUUUGAGGAGGGCUUCUGCUGUUUCACCUUUGCUUGCAAAGCUUAAGAAUAAAAAUUGGUCUAAUUCUUCUGCUGCUAGGUUUUUGAGGAGUAGCCGGAAAGAGGAUUCAUCAUACUCAUAUAGUACCCCAGCUAUGUCUGCUAGCUCUUAUAAUAGGUAUGUUGCUAGGUAUCCAAGUACAGUUGGGUCUUGGGAUGCAACUACAGUAUCUUUAAAUGAUGGGGAUGAAGAAGGGGAUGAUCCAUUGGAUUUACCUGGUCGUUCAGGAUGUGGGAUUCCGUGUUACUGGUCGAGGAGGUCAACCCCAAAGUACAAAGGGGGUUCUGGUAGUUGUUUUUCACCUUCUCUUUCUGAUACUUUGAGGAGAACAGGAAGCACCAUUUUAUGUGGAAGUCACAGAAUGUACAAGCGAAGUUGUCGUGGGUCAUCACUGGGGUACAACAAGAGGAGACCUGGUUCAAGGCCUGCUCCUCAAGGUCUUCUCCCGUUGCUAACUAAUGGUGGUGAUGGGCGAAUAGGAUCAUCCAUAGGAACUGGUAAUAGCGAUGAUGAACUCUCAACAAACUAUGGUGAGCUGGACUUGGAGGCCUUGAGCCGAUUAGAUGGAAGGAGGUGGUCAACAAGUUGCAGGAGUCAAGAAGGGUUAGAGCUUGUAGCACUGACUGGGGAAGAAGAAGGCACCCCAGAAAACAUUACAAGUCUGAGCCAGAAAUACAGGCCAAUGUUUUUUGAGGAAUUGAUUGGACAGAAUAUUGUAGUUCAGUCCCUAAUGACUGCAGUUUCCAGGAAAAGAAUUGCCCCUAUUUAUCUUUUUCAAGGUCCACGGGGAACUGGAAAGACUUCAACUGCUAGAGUCUUUGCUGCAGCAUUAAAUUGUCUUGCUUCUGAAGAAACCAAACCGUGUGGAGUCUGCAGAGAGUGUGCAGAUUUUGUUUCUGGAAAGAGCAGGGACCUUGUUGAAGUUGAUGGUGCUAACAAGAAGGGAAUUGAUAGUAUAAGGUACCUCUUGAAAGUCCUUUUGGCAGGUUCCUUAUCAGCCUCUUCUCGAUACAAGGUGUUUGUUGUUAAUGAAUGUCACUUAUUGCCUGCAAAGACAUGGAUGGGAUUACUUAAGUUUCUUGAAGAGCCACCUCCACAUGUGGUGCUCAUACUUAUAACAACUGAUCUUGAUAAUGUGCCACGUACUGUUUUAUCACGGUGCCAGAAGUACCCAUUUAACAAGAUUAGAGAUGGUGACAUUUUGGCCAGGCUGAGGAAGAUUGCUGUUGAAGAGAAUUUAGAUGUUGAAUCUGAUGCUCUGGAUCUAAUUGCUUUGAAUGCGGAUGGUUCACUUCGAGAUGCAGAAACUAUGUUAGACCAACUGAGCUUAUUGGGGAAAAGAAUAACUACAUCUCUUGUAAAUGAACUUGUUGGUGUAAUUUCAGAUGAGAAACUGUUGGAACUUUUGGAGUUAGCCAUGUCAUCAGACACGGCAGAAACAGUAAAAAGAGGAAGGGAUUUGAUGGAUUCUGGAGUUGAUCCAAUAGUUUUGAUGUCUCAAAUGGCCACCCUUAUUAUGGAUAUCAUUUCUGGAACUUAUCCCACUGUUGAUGCUAAACAAACUACUUCACUUUUUGGCGGGAGGAACUUGACCGAAGCAGAAUUAGAGAGAUUAAAGCGUGCCCUAAAGCUUCUGUCUGAAGCAGAGAAACAGUUAAGGGUUUCAAGUGAACGGUCAACAUGGUUCACAGCAACACUGUUACAGCUUGGUUCUAUCUCCUCGCCAGAUCAAACUCAUUCCGGAAGCAGUCGAAGACAGAGCUCUAAGGCAACAGAAGAAGACUAUUCUAGUACACUGAAAGACAGUAGUAUUAGCAAUCAAAAACCUGACCGUCAGUACACACUUCGAAAUUCAGUUUCUCCCCCAUCCUUCCACAAAGCUACCUACCAAAAAUCAAACAGUAAAGAGGCUUCUUUGCCUGUAAUGGAUGUCAAAGGCUUGAGUCCAAAUCCUUCUCAAAACCAAUUGAUCAGUGGAGAUGCUUUGGCUGGUACAUGUGAUGAUUUUGUUGCGGGAAUUAACACAUCUAGAUGCACGGCCUCCAGCAUGUUGGAUGAUAUAUGGGUAAAAUGUGUUGAAAAGUGCCAUUCAAAGACACUCAGGCAAUUACUUCAUACAUAUGGAAGGCUUGUAUCAAUAGCUGAUGUGGAAGGUGUUUUUGUUGCUUAUAUUGCAUUUGGAGAUAGUGAUAUAAAAACCAGAGCAGAAAGAUUUCAUAGCAGUAUCACGAACUCAUUUGAAACUGUUUUGAGAAGCAAUGUUGAAGUUAGGAUUGUUCUGCUGCCUGAUGGAGAUACCUAUUUAAGCAAUGCAAACCCAGAUAUUUCUCCAGUUCAAAAGCCAACACAUGCAACCAAUAAUUUGAACAGGGAAAACGCUGCAGUCCUCUCCUCUUCAGCAGAUGGCUAUUCUAACAUUGAUACAUGUCAAGAGUCUCUGAAGAUAUCAAGAGGAAGCUUCAAUAAUUCAGAAGACAAACUACCAGCAAAUCUCGGGUCUUCUGCAGGAAAUGCUAAGAUGGGUAAUACAAAGGACAGAAAGCCAGAAGUUCCUGUGCAGAGAAUAGAGUCCAUCAUCCAUGAGCAGAGGUUGGAAACUGCAUGGUUACAGGCAAUGGAGAAAGGAACUCCUGGAACAACAAAUCGUUUAAGGCCUGAGAAAAAUCAAGUCCUACCUCAAGAAGGCAUUUACCAUCACAUUCAAUUGCAAUCUUCAGCCUCUGCAGACUUGUCUUCUCAGCAUUGGGAGGAUGAAUUAAGUCGUGAUAUUAAAAGUUUGAAGGUUGAUGAUGGAAAAGCCCUCAAGAAGGACCAAAUCAGUAAAAGGGUUGAUCACUAUCCCAUUUCACCAAGCUUGUUGCACGAUAACAACAUAGUUGGCAAUUUCAGCAAAGAUAAUUUGGGAUAUGAAUCAGGACCGGGUGGCGGCAGCUGCAGUGGGCUCUUUUGCUGGAAUAACACCAAAGUGACCAAACCUCCCAGAAGGGUAAAGGUUAAACAAGGAACCCCUGUACGUUCGAAUAAAGCCGUAAGAUUUUCAUGGUUUGGAGAGUGUGCAAAGGCGUCAAGAACAGAGAGUAGAUUCAAAAUAUAGUGGGGAAUGAGACAGGAACACAAAGUUCAAGAAUCAUGAGAUCCCGUCUUCAAUUCUGUACACUUGCUGCUGCUUAUUUCCUCAUUUCCACCAUUUUUUUUAUAGUAUGAGAUAUGAUGUAAAGCUUUUUGACAAGCUGGGCAUAUGAAUAUUUUUUGGUCCAGCCAAUUUUUAGUGAUCAAUAAAAGUAAAAGGGGGACAAAAAUUUUUUUUUUUUUUUGGGCACUUUGGACAGCAGUUAACAAGGGAACGAUUCAAGUGCCAAUGUCCAAUGCUCCAAUACUAGUAUAUAUAUCUU